CUCCCCGCUGCACUCGGAGGCCGGGGCUCGAACCCUGCUGGCACUCAUGGGGAUGCCGUGCCGUGCCGUGCCCCCCUCUACCCUCUCUAAGUGCAAUGACCAGGCAAAGGCCUCUGACCACCGUGCUAGCUGAUGUGUUUCAGAAGUAGUGUACAGCUCAGAUCUGCAGAGACAGGUUGUUGCCUACUAAUACAGAAGACAGGUCCUCCAGAGAGCACCAGCCACAGCAACUGUCCACCCUUGCAAAAAAGGUCUUCAUCAUGGCAUAUAAAGCAGCACAUUUGGCCUUUAAGUCGCGCUGGCACAAGACAGACGAAGAACUCUGUCGGCACAGUAUGUCCUUCAUCUUGCAUAAGGCGAUCCGAAAUGACUUCUUUCAGAGUUACCUUUAUCUGCUGGAAAAGCUUCCCCUGGUGAAACUUUACGCUUUGACAAGUCAAGUUAUCAAUGGGGAGAUGCAGUUCUAUGCCAGGGCCAAACACUUCUACCAGGAGGUGCCAGCCACAGAAGAGGGCAUGAUGGGAGACUACAUUGAGCUCUCCAAUACAGACAUUGAAUCCUCCAGGGAGUUUCUCAGGAAUUUUGUUGGGGGGGUGGGGAAAGCUGGAACGAACCGUGCCCUGGACUGCGGCUCUGGGAUAGGUCGUAUCAGCAAGCAUGUCCUGUUACCAGUUUUCAAGAGCGUGGAACUGGUGGAUAUGAUGGAGAAUUUUCUGGCUGAGGUCCCAAACUACCUGCAGGGCAAGGAGGACAGAGUAGAGAUGUAUUACUGCAAAAGCCUCCAGGAAUUCACUCCAGACCCACAAAGAUAUGAUGUCAUCUGGAUUCAGUGGGUUUCAGGAUAUUUGACAGAUAAAGAUCUCCUGGAGUUUCUCAUCCGGUGCCAGAAUGGCUUGAAGGAUAAUGGUGUUAUCAUUCUCAAGGACAAUGUAGCCAGAGAGGGAUGUAUCCUGGAUUGUCUGGAUAGUAGUGUGAUCCGAGACCUGGACAUCCUCCACAGCCUCAUUGAAAUGAGUGGACUCACCAUCCUACGGGAGGAGAGGCAGGAGGGGUUCCCUGAGCAGUGUGUCCCUGUCUGGAUGCUGGCCAUGCAGAAAGGCCCUGGCCAUUCCUGAUGGCACGGUGAGACUGCAGAGACUGGACAACGGAUGAACUGCAGGACUGGGAAGGAGAAGAGCAUCUACUAAAAUCCUCCUAACCAUGCACUGCUACUGCUAUGCUAGGGCAGCAACUACUAAAGGAUUGGGAGACAAUUACAAUUGAGCCUGCUUCUCCAGGGAAUAGUCUGCUUCUACAUCCUUCCUGCUUCAUCAUUCUCUCCACUUUUAAAAACCUUUCUAACAGCUCCUUGUCAGAUCCCUCUUUCAUGAAGAAGUCAAUACUGGACAAAACUCAACUAAUAGAAAAUAAUUGGGUCUGAAGUUUCUGUAGUGGCUAAUACAUUUUGGAGUGUUCUGUAUGAGGUGUUAAGAAAUAAGCCUGGUUUUUACUACAGCACUUAAAAAUCAUCUUGGAAUUUAAGAAGGAUCUGUCAGAUCACUGAGGCAGAAAAUUCAAAUAACUUCUGGAAAACCUAACCCAAAUUUUGACUGUCAUCACUAUCUGUACUUUAAAAUAUUUAAAGCAAAAAGGGAAAAUUUUUAAGGAAAUUUUUAUCCAUUUGUUUGCAUUAGCUAUGCAGUUUAUUUAUUCUUUUGCAUUUCUGUCAGUUUAGACAAUAAGACAACCUGGUUAAUUUUCCAUUUUUAGGAACUUUAUCCUCCUGAUGUUUCUGCCAUAGAACAAUAGUGGUGCAUAUGAGUUUUUGCACUCCAGGGGAAAACUUAAAUGACAAAUAUAUGCAUGUUUGCAUUGAAAUUUUGUGAAAAGAUUGCCCCACAAAUUACAUUCUGGAAAAUGUUUUUUCAAAAUGUUCACAGUGGAAACCACUUGAAAGCUUCUUUUUAUUAUUCAUACCACUGUAAAUUUCUUUCUUUCCCACAUUCAGAACAAGUCUGGCACCAUAUGCAGAGCUAAUGGGAUUUCAUGGGGUGUUAAUAGUAAGACUGUAAGAAGAACUAAUACAGUAUUGUAUUAAUUAACAACUGUACUAAACUGCAGAGGGUGUUAGUGUAACCCAAAAGCAUCUAUGAUUUAUAUUCAAACAGCAGCUGUAUAAGCCUGGAUUUGAAAAUACUAAUACACAUACCAUCUUCUGAAGGCUCACAGAAAUUACACAUUAAGCUUCUUGUCCUCUUCAUAUAGGUGCAGAAAGUGCUGUGGGAGGACAGAAGUUCAUUGUUCAAAAAAAAUCCAAAUUUGAAAUUCUGGUUCAUUCUGAAUGAAGGAGAACCACAGACUUUUCCAAGCUGAUUAAAACUUUUGUUCAGACAAGAUCAAACAUUUCUUUUGAAUUGGACCUUUAAAAUAAUUUGCACUUAAAAUACAAUUAAAUGCAGUAAAAAGCAAAUUAAAUAUGGCUUGUUCAAAGUUUUAGAAAUUAGUGAUAACAUUACAAUGGACUCUUCUGACUGUCAGAAUUUUUAUCAUGUUUUAUUCCCCUGAAAUGCAAUUCUGGCAAAACUUAUCAGACUUUUUAAAGAGUUCCAUUAUGACAAAUCUCCGUGUUCUGAUGGAAAGGGAGUUCUAUAAAACAUCCCUCACAUGACUGUAGGCAUAAUUGCCUGUGUCAAAUAUUGUCAUCUGCAUUAUAUUAACUCACAUAGAAGCCUGAAGAUAACAAGAUCAGGGAACCUCUCAGCUGGGUUUUAGUACACUUUGCCAUCCUUUGAUAGCAAAUCUCCAGUUUUGGUUUUAGUUGCAUAACUCUUCUCUAGCAAUAUGGUUGCAUAUGCUGAGAAUUUCCAAUUUAUGGCAGAGGGCUUCCUGAUGUCAAAUCUUAUCCAGCAAUUGUUCUCUUAAUGUGCCAUCACUAAUUGUAGCAUUAAGGAAAACAACCCUGGUGAUUUGGUGAAUAUUCUGGCGUGUCAUAUAACUUAGAAACCUAUGGUUCCCAUGACACAGAUGCUUCUGGAAUGUUUUGGCUGAUUCUUCCAUUCUAAUCAACUGGUAAUGGACAUAAAUUUAGUAUGUAACACUGUUAAAAACCCAAGGUGAACUCUUACAUUCUGGGAUUGUCCCCAGAACUAAGUGCUUCAUAUUCCCUUUCAGCUGAUACAGCUCUUUCAUUCUGCAGAGGCUGUAAAAGCUGAUGUGUUCUUUGUGUACAUAUGAGUGUGUGCAGAUACCUGAAGGAAACCCAGUCAUUUGUUUUACAGGAAAGAGGCAUCAGUCCUAUAGUUUGUAACUCUAGUUAGCUAUUGCAGGAGAAUAUUGAAUUAUCUUUUUCCAGCCAGAGACAUCUGCCAUGGUGCAGAAUACUUGGGGACUGCUGGAAAUCCUAGUACAAUGGUGUCUGCCAGGCAUAUCUGAAUCAUGUUGGUCACUACAAUGGUGAGAGUACAGCAUUGUGGAAAUAGGGUAGUAAACAAUUUAAUACAAAUCUAAACAAACAGCUGUGACAUCUCACAGGGCAGAAUAUAUCAACUGUUCACUUACACAACAGAGUGGGUGCAUUUCAGUAAUGAGAGAUGUGGUUCCAAGAUGGAUAUAGAAUGUAAUGUGGUUUAGGAUGAAAGGUAGAAUAUAAAUGACUGGUAUUGUUAUCAAUGCAAUACAUUUUUCAAGGUAAAAAUGUUCUUCCUGUAUUUUGUACAUCUUUCCUAUUUGAAUUUCCAGAAUAGAUGUACACAAACAUAUAAUGAAAAUGGGUUCCCUUAACUAUGUAAGAAUAGAGACAAGUAAAAUCUUAAUUUAGUAGAAAAACCCAUAUUUCAUGGUUCCCACAUUCCUGGAAAUUAAUGUUUCAUGGCUAUGUUGCUUCCACAGUAAAAUAUUAAAGCUUUUCUGGUGACAUAAUGAACCUCAAGAGUAAAAGAAACACAAGCCCUUCAGGGCCUUAUAUGCAUGAGAUUGCUGCAGACUGAAUAAUAUUUUGGUUUCCUCUUUUCCAAGAUAUAUUUUAAUUCAAGAACUCCCAGUCAACCAGUAGCCCACCCUUAAAUGCUCAUGAAUACAAGUAAGGUCUGGACUUUACUAUAUUAUAUAAUAAUAAUGAAUCACAAACUUGAAACAGAAGAUCUUGCUUAAAAAUCAUCUAUAUAUCGGUUGCUCUUUGGUGUUCAAAGAUUGGAUAAUCAACUCAGUUGCUCUGCCUCAACUUUCAGGUUAUUUAAACCAUGCAUUUAAUGAAGCCUUUAGCUCAUCAGAUUGCAGUGGGAGUUUGAGUCCCCUUUGUUUGGUGUUCAUUUAGGACUUGUUCCCAAUCUCAGUAUUACCAGAAGUUUAAUCCAAGCUCAAGACACUGACUGAGGCAAAGUUCACAGAACAUUCAGGGUCCUUCAAGCUCAAACCCUCAUUCACCACUGAAGCUAGUUAGAGAAAUACCCAAUUAGUCCUUCAAUCAGUUGUUUCUCACAUGCAACCACUACUCAAGUAAAUGCUUAGCCCAAGUGCAUUAAAGACUGCUUCUGCCAUGUCACCACAAAAGCUCCUGGUAAUGCUUGGUUUCCCCAUAUCAGGUCCUGUGCUUCUAUUCUGUGUGAUGGAAAGACAGAUUAUUAUCUUUAUUAUAUGAAUGUGAGGUUCCUUGCAAAGAGAUUGUCAAGCCCUGACAGUAGCCUUCAAAUGCUACUGUAACCUGAAGAAAAUGUAAGGAAGCAAUUAUUACAGUGGUCUGAACAGUUAUCCCAACUGUGCAGCUCCAGCAACCACCAAAGCUCAAGCUGUUUGUGUUCCGAAGGCAACUCAGACAUUACAAAUGUCUUUUCAUUCCUAAUUGGAAGAGAGAGCCAUCAUCCUGAAAAUAUAUCACUGAAUGGAUGUUCUAAAAUACUUUGUUUCAGAAAUGCUGAAAUGAUCAUAUCAGAUAUUUUUAGUUUGACCUUCUUGUUUGGAUGUUUAUAUAAUCUAGUCUAAACUGACAUGUUAUGUGAGAUGAUAAUGUAAUACACUAUAUAGUAUUGUAAUAGUUGAAAUGAAACAUGAGUUGCCUACAGAAUACGCUAAUAAAAUCGUACAUUUCCCUGCCCCCAAAUUUAGUGAAACAAGUCUACAAUUUCCAGAGGAGACAGAGUGACAGUAAUUUCAAGAGGAGCAGUUCUGACAAGAAGUAUUUGCCCAAGCUCUUUUUCUCCAGCCAUUUCCCAUCCAUUCAGGCAGCUUGCAGUGUGCCUGGCCUAGGGAGCAGCCACUUUAGGCUCUUUGACAGGCAGGAAGAAGAAACUGGCACCUCCAGAGCAAUUCAGACCACCUCAGAGCUGAACUGGCUUGAAAUAAGAGUCUCCUCUCUCCCUGGUGGUUGUACAGUGGGAAUGAAAGCACAUCCUUGUUACAACCAAUUCAGUAUCUUUAUUGUUAAUGUCAAACAAAAGUGCAGUAUGAUCUGAGGAGCUGUGACUGUCAAAACCAGAAAAAGGCAUGGACUUGGAUAAUCAAACACCCAUUAAAAAUCAAAAUCACGGUACUGGGGCACUACAUUAAUGGGAGCAAUAUCACUGCAUAUUGCCAGCUGACAAAAGCUUUGCCAGUUACACUGAGUACCAUGAGUACCUUUAUGCCAUUCACUUGUUUUUUCCAUUCUCUUAAUCGGGGCUCCCCAGAGCGUUUACAAUGGCAUAUCAGACAGUAGGCCUGUCCACAGGAACUUGGCUGUUAUGUGUGAUUAAAACCAGUUGUGUUGCAUCCCAUCCCUCUUCUCUUCCUUUGAUGCUUCUUCCAACUUGCCAAGAAAAUCCCUCCUCCACUUGCCAAAAAUGAUUUGUUCUCUGUGGACAUCACCACAUCUUAUUGAAGUAAAACAGAUUACCUUUGAUUUUAAGAGGAGGUAAUUCUGUUUAUCUGAGAGAAAUAACAACACGCUGUAUUUCAAACAUACAGGUUAAUACCCAUCUCUUUCAAUUGAUGUCAAGUAGGCACUCCCAGACCUUUGUACCAAUCAAAGCUCACAUUCUCAUCAUCACCAUAAAUAAUGGUAUUUGUAUGAUACUACACAUCCCUAGACCUUGAAGCAUGCAUGUUCGAGACAAGGAAACUGAGGCACAGAAGGGUGAUCUGGGACACAUUACAGCUUUACCUAAAUGGUAUCUGUGAGUGAUUAACACCUCCACAAAUCAGGCCACUACUGGAAUUACAGAGAGUUUUGUAGGCAGGUAUAAACUUAUUGUGGUCGUACUUGGAGCAGAUAGAUUGAAACAGCAUGGCUGUGGCUAGCCUGCUUAUUAGGCUAGCCUGAUACAUCCUGCAAAGACAGGGCUCAGGCUGAACGUUGUGCUCAGGAACAUAAACAGCUUCUAUUCCUUCAAAGCAUUGGAAGAACAACCUUCUGCAUAUCUGCAGCAAAAAUAAAGACAGAAAAUUGGUGGAAAGUCUCUCUACCCUGUAUCUCUUUUCCAAAAAUGUUGAAUUUGCAGGCAUUUCAACCUGUUGUGGUAUUUUCAAGAUCCUGAGACUAAGGUUUUUAGAGGUAU